GCCUCCGGUGGGACAGGCGGUGGAAGUGGCGGAGAGGAAGGUGGAAGGGGGAGAGCCAGGCGGAGUAAAGGUUUCUGCCGCCGAAGCCCCGCGUUGGGGCGUGACAGUAGUCCCGAAAGGCCGAGCYCCGGUCGGCUGGCAGCACGGUUGAGAGGGGGCCUCGAGAGAAUGGUCAGCCAGGUAGGGACAGAGGAGCCAAGCGGAUGACCCGGGCUGGGGAACGCGGCUUCAUCCUGAUGCCCUGACCCGAGGGCGGCUGCCUGGGGAGGGUACCAAGCCCAGCACUUGAGUUUAGACCACUCGUCGAGUCUCGGAAGAGAGCUCAGCACCCGGGUUAGCGGUCAGAGUAUGAGGGGCUGCGUCUGGAGGGAAUGACAGAACUGUGUGAACAGAAGAACCUGCGAGGCUGGAGAGCAAACCCAGUUUCUCUGGAACAAGAUGGGAUACCACUCUGGAAGUUUCGUGUAGCCUUUAGGAAAAAUUUCAUCUUUUUCUUCUGUAAACUGUCACCAUGACCCUGACAAAAGGUUCUUUCACCUACUCCAGUGGGGAGGAAUAUCGUGGCGAGUGGAAGGAGGGCCGCAGGCAUGGUUUUGGUCAACUGCUGUUUGCAGAUGGUGGCACCUAUCUGGGUCAUUUUGAGAAUGGGCUCUUUAAUGGCUUUGGGGUACUGACCUUUUCAGAUGGUUCAAGGUAUGAGGGGGAGUUUGCCCAGGGCAAGUUUAAUGGCGUUGGAGUCUUCAUUCGGCACGACAACAUGACCUUUGAGGGGGAAUUUAAAAAUGGCAGAGUAGAUGGUUUUGGCCUGCUGACUUUCCCUGAUGGUUCUCAUGGAAUACCCCGCAACGAAGGUCUAUUUGAGAACAAUAAGCUGCUGCGGCGGGAGAAGUGUUCUGCGGUAGUUCAGCGGGCCCAGAGUGCCUCCAAGUCYGCCAGAAAUCUCACUGCUUGAUGGGGCAGWGGGCACAGCUAGAAUAGUGUCAGUAAAGCCCAUGACCACCUGAGAUGAACAGAAUGAACCAGAUCUCAGAUGAGAUGAGGAUGACCAUGGAGCCGAAGCCUGUGAUGUGCCCCAUCACCUGCCAAUCAGCAAUUUGAUCACAGAAAGUGCUAAGGAUUUUGGCCCAAAGACCCCACAGUGGUUAGCAGUUCUGUCUUUUCCUGAUGCUUAUUUGCUGAAGACAGGAGCUGUGUUUUCUUACUUGUUGACAUUUCCUGUUCCUGAGACCUGGGGUUACCCAGUACAGAGUGGCUGCGGCCUUCACUCCAUUUACUGCCAAGUGAUUCAGAAUCUCCUCAUUCUGCCUAUGUUUGGGCACAUGACUCUAGCCCCCACUUAGGGCCAAUGCUGGGUGCUGCCCUGGCAAAAUGAGGUACAAGAUAGACAGUACAGUGACCCUGUGAAAAUCGGGCCAGAACUUCUCUGUACAUGAGCCCCUCAUUCAGUGCAGUUUGAAUCCUGGCUCCAGGCUCCAACUUUGUCUGAUCAGACUAGUCUUUGUGUCUGCUUAUUUCCCCUGUGAAGGAUCUGGUAAGAGUGUUGUUUUCUUCUUUCUUGACUUUACAAGUCAUGUUCCUUACCUGAGUUAGGGCRUAUAUUCCAAUCUCCAUUUGUGUCUCUCCGUCCUUAGAGUCUAUCAGACAGAAUCCUUUGUGGUAUAGUCAAGAAGGAAACUGAUGUAAUAGUAACCUCAUAAGUUGUAUUCAUUACUCACUCCAGGUCAAGGGACAGACAUAUCCAGCCUCAAGGCCUUCCUGGGGAGUGGACUAAGUGCUGGGGAAGGCCUGCAUYGACAUAGUUCUUUCCCUGUAGGUGGUAGAUCAGACUCACCUAUACCCCUGGGUGUAGGUAGACUCACACCCACCCUGGGACUGUGGUGAACUAAAAGCAUUGGCUGUUCCUCGCAUUUGACUUGCUAUAACUCUCCCACCAAGAGCCUUGAUCUUCAGGCCUUGGUCAGAUUUUGGAAGGUGGAGUCCCUAUACAGUUCAUCAUGAGGCCUCCAGUUACCACAGGACCCAGACACAUCCCCAGCUCCCAUCCUCACACCGAAUCUCCCUCAACAGCAGACUAUGGUGGAAAUUAUAACUGUGUGCCUCUAUUUAUUCUGUGAACUGUAUUGUAGAAUCAAGUGUUCAUAGAAAUAAACAAAUCACCAGAUCUGCCUAUACUUUGUUUCUAUGACUUUCUUACCCUGAAUCCUCAUGAAUACCAACACAUUUGUUCUUUAUAAAAGUUAAAUCAGUGUGGGGCUUGGAACUGACAGCUGUACUAUAUAAAACAUCACCUAAUUCUCAGAAUGUCUGCCGAGUAGAAUGUAUGAACUUUUUUUUUUUUUAAUCAGACAAGAUUAAGUUGCCCAGAGUGGUGAAUGGGUAAGUAGAGCUGGGUGGAAUUUCUAUCACAGUCUUUCUGAUUCCAACUCCCUUUCCAUAGGCCUCCUCUCACCCUGAACAUCAGAGUGUACAAGGCCUGAGACCAUUAUUGCCAGGCCUGCUGGUUGACUUUAAUCAUGUCACCUCAUAUCUGGGUUUCCCUGUCUCUGCAACACUAGAGUGACAGAACUUCCCCCACCAUGUUAUGUGGGAGGCCGACAWAGCAUGUGACCAGCAUUUGCUUUCCCUCCUGGUGACUGUCGGUCACCCCGUGAUCUAGUUGCUUAAGGAACUGAAGCCCCAAUCUUAACGCAAUGUGUCUUCAUGCAUGGGCGUAACUUCCUACAUCCCCAGGGAUUGAGCUACGCUCACCUGAUCCUUUGUGAUAUUACCCCUUGCCCUGUUUGGGAUAGAAUGUUCCAUGGAAACACCCUUUGUAUGUCCCCUCUCUUACUCUUUCCUUGGGUGAGGCCUACUAGAUGUCAGUGAACCUGCUGACAGCAGACAUCAUGAAGCUAGACUCAGCCCCUUGAAACCUGAC